CCAAAAAUAAUUUCUUCUGUUUACAAUAAUAAUCCAACACAUUUAUACACACACACACGAUCGCAAUAAACGACAAUCAAUUUUGCAUCUUCUUCGUCAUUCUUGUUCGUAAAACCCUAAAAAAAAAAUUAACCCCCAAAAUCACCCCCGAUCCCUUCUCUUUCAAACCCUAAUUCCCUCGUCUCCGAUCAAUCGAUCAAUUGCAAUUCCUAAUAAUCUACAACAAUUUAUAAUAAUUUUCAAAAUACCCACUUUUAAAGAUCUUCGUUUGUAUCAUAAAGGUUUAAACUUUUUUUUAUUUAAUUUCAAUUUCAAUUUCAGUUUUAAUUCUUUGAAAAAUUGGGGAAAACUGGCGGGAACAGGGGAUAUGUAAUGGCGGAUCCGCCUGGUGUGUGCAAAGUAUUGGUGCUGGAAAUUGUAUUAUUGUUGUUGAAUAAUAUUGAAUUAGGGUUAGGGUUAGGGUGUUUUGGUAUCAGAAGAAGUUGUGGGGAUUGAAAGUAUGCUGAGUGUGCUGAGAGUGCACCUUCCGUCCGAUAUUCCGAUUGUGGGCUGCGAGCUUUCGCCUUACGUGCUUCUUCGUCGUCCCGACUUAACUGUGUUUACGGAUGAUGUACCGGAAUCUUCGCCCGUUGAGGGUCAUUUUUUGAGAUACAAGUGGUAUCGUAUACAAAGUGAUAAAAGAGUUGCCAUUUGUAGCAUACAUCCAUCAGAACAAGCCACUUUACAAUGUUUAGGUUGCGUUAAAGCCAAAAUACCCGUUGCCAAAAGCUACCAUUGUUCCCCUAAAUGUUUUUCCGACGCGUGGCAACACCAUCGUGUUCUUCACGAACGUGCCGCAAGUGCCGUUGCCGAAAACGGGAACGAAGAAGAUGAAAUGUUCGGCCGAUUCGAUAGCAACAACAAUAAUCAAACCUUAUCCACUUCACAAUCUCUCCCAAGCCUUACAAACGGUGUAUCCGCACCGUUAUACCCUCCAGCCGUGACACAGAGGAAUGGUGGCGAAACAUGGUUCGAAGUCGGGCGAUCUAAAACGUACACACCGACAGCUGACGAUAUCGGCCAUGUUUUGAAAUUCGAAUGCGUGGUUGUUGACGUAGAAACGAAAUCGCCGGUUGGAUCAUCGAACACUAUACUGACAUCACGGGUUAUCCCCGCUCCAUCCCCGAGCCCACGGCGGUUGAUUUCCGUUACUAAUGCUGAUGUGGCAGCAGGGAAUUUGGAUUCGUCCAUGGGGAAUUUUACUGUGCUAUCGUAUAAUAUUUUGUCUGAUACAUAUGCUACGAGUGAUUUGUACGGUUAUUGCCCUUCGUGGGCUCUUUCUUGGCCCUAUCGUAGACAAAACUUGUUACGGGAAAUCGUUGGGUAUCGAGCGGAUAUUGUUUGUCUUCAAGAGGUUCAAAGCAAUCACUUUGAGGAGUUUUUCGCCCCUGAGCUUGACAAACACGGAUAUCAAGCUCUAUAUAAGAAAAAAACAACCGAGGUUUUUAACGGCAGUAUUAUGACCAUCGAUGGAUGUGCGACUUUUUUCCGGCGAGAUAGAUUUUCACAUGUAAAAAAAUACGAGGUUGAGUUUAAUAAAGCUGCUCAAUCUUUAACGGAUGCUUUAGUUCCUAGUGCUCAGAAAAAAACCGCCCUAAAUCGGUUGGUUAAGGAUAAUGUUGCAUUAAUUGUUGUUCUAGAAGCAAAGUUCGGUGACCAUGGUGUUGAUAAUCCAGGAAAGCGGCAACUUGUUUGUGUGGCAAAUACACAUGUGAACGUUCAACAAGAUCUAAAGGAUGUUAAACUAUGGGAGGUUCAUACGCUGUUGAAAGGAUUGGAAAAGAUAGCCGCCAGCGCAGAUAUACCAAUGUUAGUUUGCGGCGAUUUUAAUUCGGUUCCCGGAAGUGCUCCUCAUGCACUUCUAGCGAUCGGGAAAGUUGACCCGAUGCAUCCAGAUUUAGCGGUUGACCCUCUUGGAAUUCUUCGACCAACAGCUAAAUUGACGCACACACUGCCCUUGGUGAGUGCAUACUCGUCUUUUGCAAGAAUUGGGGGUGGUCUUGGCUAUGAACAACAAAAGAGGAGAGUGGACCCUGCUACAAAUGAGCCGUUAUUUACAAAUUGCACACGGGAUUUUAUCGGUACCAUUGAUUACAUAUUUUACUCAGCCGACAGCUUGACUGUGGAAUCCUUAUUGGAGCUUUUGGAUGAAGAUAGCUUAAGGAAAGACACCGCACUUCCGUCCCCAGAAUGGUCUUCUGAUCACAUUGCGUUAAUGGCUGAAUUUCGUUGCAAACCUCGAACUAGACGUUAAUUCCAUUUUUAGAUUUUGUCAGAAAGCGAUGAAUAGAAGCUUAAAUUUGUAAGAAGAGUAGAUCAGUAGCUGGUAAAUGAUCUACUAUUGUAUCAUGCCUAUUAUUAUAUUACCCUUGUCCUCUAUAUAUAUAUUAUUUAUGUUUCUUCUUUCUUUUCAUAGAAAGAUAAUUUGAAUGAUAUUCAGCUUCAAUAUUAUAUCCAGGUGUAUAUUAUUUUUCAAGAGAAAUUGAUGUUUAUGUUUCAACUCCAGUUUUAUUUCUCUUACACAAGUAACCUUCUAUAGUACAUACAUAUAUACGACGAUAUGAUGUGACGUUAGUGUUUUUUUUUAUAA